CGAAACAUCAAGAAGUACAUGUAUGUUACAAUAUGCUUAUUCUGGUAGAAAUUACUUUGAACCAAUCGGAUUUAAAGAAAUAUGCUUACAAUCGGAAACGUUGCAAUAUGUAAUUAAUGGUGAGCGACAGAAGUACCAACGAUUUCGAGAAAAACAAUAUAUUUGUGAUCAUUGCGAGAGCACUUUCACGAUGAAGCAAAAUGUUCAAACUCACAUCAUAAAUUAUCACUUAAAGGGGAAAAUCCGAUGUCAUAGAAAAAGAUAUAAAUGUCUUCGAUGUGAUAAGCACUUUAAAAAUAUUGAAAAGGCGCGAAAACAUAAUCAAAUAACUCACGAAAGAUCGAAAGUAUUAAUUUGUGCAAUCUGUAGUAAGCAUGUUUCUUGUGAAUCGCUCUUGAAGGAGCACAUCUCAAUAGUUCACUUCAAAGAACGACCCUAUAAAUGCGAUUUAUGCUCAGCUAAAUUUGGCCGCAGCAGCACGUUACGACGACAUAAAAUGAUGAAACAUUUAAAUUUCGUCUAUUAUUGUCCGUUUUCUGGUUGUGCUCAUCCAGGUUUCAAAUGCCCUAAGGCUCUUACUGCUCAUAUUCAUUCCAUACACACGAAAACGAGGCCUUACGUCUGUGAAUUCUGCAGUAAAAGCUUUGUUCGACGCAAUGACCUAAAAAGCCAUGAGGAACUACAUCGACCGAUAAUAAUCGCAUGUCCACUGUGCCCAGAAACUUUUCGACGCAAAGUACAUCUUCGGAAACAUUUAAAAGUUGCGCAUCACAACGAAUUAGAUAAAGGAUAG